CGGAGGAGGAGGCGGCGGCCGGCGAGGAUGGUGGGGGAGCGUCGCGGCGGGGACCUGCUGGUGCCCCUGGGCCCGCGGCUGCAGGCCCGGCCCGAGGAGAUGCUGCGCCAGCGUCCGGGCCCCGACGGGCACCCGGAGUACCUCAUCCGCUGGAGCGUGCUGCGGCCCGGAGAGGAGGGGGCGGCCGGGGGCAGGGGUCCCUCGGACGACCCGGUGGAGCACAUCCUCAUGUGGCUGUCGGCCCUGGAGGUCCGCGCCAGUUGUCCCUCGCUGCUGGGCGAGAGGGCGGCGGACAAAGAGACGCGGCGGGAGCCCGUCGGGGCACCGGGCGUCUUCUCCCGGGACGUCGGACCGGACGAGGCGUCGCUGCGGGAGAUGGGGGAGGACGUGCGGGAGCUGGUGCGCAGGGCGGCCCGGCAGCUGGGCCGGAGCGAGGCCAGCCCCGCCGCCUCGCUGCUGCACACCGUCCACGUGCUCAGCGCCUACGCCAGCAUCGGGCCUCUGGCCGGCGUCUUCCGCGACACCGGGGCCCUGGACCUGCUCAUGACCAUGCUGGGCGGGCCCGAGCCCCAGAUCCGCCGCAGCGCCGGAAAGAUGCUGCGGGCCCUGGCCGCGCACGACGCCGGGAGCCGGGCCCACGUGCUCCUGUCGCUGAGUCAGCAGGACGGUAUCGAGCAGCACAUGGACUUCGACAGCCGCUCCACCCUCCUCGAGCUGUUCGCCGAGACCAAGUCCUUCGAGGAGCACUGCAUGGCCUUCGAGGGCAUCAGCCUGCCCCAGAUCCCCGGGAAGCAGCUCUUCUCCCUGGUGAAACGGUAUCUCUGCGUCACAUCUCUCUUGGACCAGCUGAGCGGCAGCCUGGAGUUCGCGGGUGAGGACCGGGCCUCCCCCUGCAAGGCCGCCGGCGGGAAGCAGAGCCGGACGGAGCGAGAGCUGGAGUUCGGCCUGGCCUUGGGCAGCCUGAUCUUGGAGCUGGUCCGGGGCAUGGGCUGGGACCGGGGCCCGGGCCUCCGGGGCGCCCGCCCGCCGGCCCGGCCGGCCCGCUCCAUCUUCCUGGCCCCCGGCCCCGCCCUGCCCCUUCCGCCCCCCUGGCCCUGCAGGAGGCAGGGCCAGGCCUUCCGGUCGCCGUCCGACUUUUCGAGCCGCAGCGGCUACGCGGAGUACGUGCAGGAGACCCUGCAGCCCGGCAUGCGGGUGCGGAUGGUGGAGGAUUACGAGGAGAUCGGAGCCGGGGACGAGGGCGAGUUCCAGCAGAGCAACACCGGCAUGCCUCCCGUGCAGGUGCUGUGGGAGUCGACGGGCCGCACGUAUUGGGUGCACUGGCACAUGCUGGAGAUCCUGGGCCCGGGCGACACGGGCAAAGACAAAGUGCCAGCCUUUGCGGAACAGAGCCUGGCGGCCGGUGCGAGCCGGGCUCUGAAUAUAGGGUCCUCCCCCUGGCACUGGAAGCCCCCAGGGAGCCUGUACUCCGUGCCCUACCUGCAGCCCAGCGCCCCGGGCAGCGCGGAGUCCCGGGUCCUCAGCCGGGCCGAAUGGUGGGAGAUCCUGUUCUUCAUCAAGAAGCUGGCCGGGCCCGAGCAGGAGUCUCUCCUCCAACCCGUCCGGGAGGGACCGAGCAAGGAGGCCCCGGAGGAGAAGGCCCUGGCAGAGCUCUCGGUGCCUGUUGCGUUGGCUCAGAGGCUGGUGCUGAGGCUGAGCAGGCAGUGCCAGGGCGGCACCCGCAGCGACCUGCUCUGCUCCCACAUCUACAGCAAGUACGGGCCCCGGGCCCACCCGAAGGAGGGGGAGCCGCCGGGCCCGGCCCCCGCGGACCCGCUCGUCGACGUCGCCGCCCCUGAGGCCCCGCCCCCCGCCACCCCCCAGCUCCCCGAGGUCACGGCCCUCCCGCCAGGGGAGGCCCAGGCUAACACGCUGGAGCCGCCCCCGGGGCCACCGGGCGAGGUGCCCAAGUCGUUGCAGAGCCCGGCCCCAGACUCGGGUCCUUCCCAGGAUCGGCUCCAGGAGCCGGGGCUCAGCGAGGGCAACGUGAGCCCAGACGACUGGGACGUGGAGGCUCUCCUGCAGCAGCUGCAGCAGCAGCCCGAGCAUUUCCUGCUGCUGGCCCGCAGCCUGGAGAUGCUGGGGCCCAGGAAGGCCACCCAGCUGCGGGGCCUGAGGAUGCUGACCAAGCUGUUGGAGGGGUCGGGAGCCGAGGCCCUCCCGUGGCACGAGGCUGCGGGGUCGUGUCUCACCUGCAUGAAUGCCUCCGGUGCCGACAGCGAGGUGGUCCAGGAGGCCGUUCGCUUCCUGCACCGCCUGGCUUCGUCCAACAAGGACUGUGCCGUGGUGCUGUGCCGCCUGGGGGCCCGCGAGGCCCUCACCAAGGCCCUGGCCCAGUCCAGCUCCCAGCUGCUGCUGGGGCCCGAGCUGCGGAAGCUGCUGGACCACUGCCAGAAGCAGGCCAGUCUCUACGGCAACUUGACCACCAGCAUCCUGGCGGGCUGCAUCCAGCUGGUGCUGGGGCAGAUAGAGGAGCACAGACGGACUCAACAGCCCAUCAACAUCCCCUUCCUGGAUGUCUUCCUCAGGCACCUCUGCCAGGGCUCCAGCGAGGAAGUGCGGGAGGACAGAUGCUGGGAGAAGGUGGAGGUGUCGUCCAACACGCACCGGGCCAGCAAGCUGACCGACCGCAACCCCAAGACCUACUGGGAGUCCAACGGCAGCACCGGCUCCCACCACAUCACCCUCCACGUGCGUCGCGGCGUCCUGAUCAGGCAGCUGACCAUGCUGGUGUCCAGUGAGGACUCAAGCUACAUGCCAGCCCGGGUGGUGGUUCUGGGUGGAGACAGCAUAAGCUCUGUCAACACUGAGCUCAACUCGGUCAACAUCACGUCCAGCGCCAGCCGGGUGCUCCUGCUGGAGAAUCUGACCUGCUUCUGGCCCAUCAUCCAGAUCAGGAUCAAGCGCUGCCAGCAGGGCGGCAUCGACACCCGCGUGCGGGGGCUGGAGGUUUUGGGCCCCAAGCCGACGCUGUGGCCGUUGUUCCGGGAGCAGCUCUGCCGCCGCUCGCGGCUCUUCUACGCGGUGCGGGCUCAGGCCUGGAGCCGCGACAUCGCCCAGGACCGCACCCGCCUGCUGCGGCUCUUCCCCAGGCUGAACAGGGCUCUGGGCCACGAGCAGGCCUUUGCCGACCGCUUCCUCCCCGACGAAGAGGCUGGCCUGGCGCUGGGCAGGACCUGCUGGGAGGCGCUGAUCACUCCUCUGGUGCACAGCAUCACCAGCCCCGAUGCGAGUGGGCUGAGCCCCCUGGCCUGGCUGCUGGAUCAGUACCUGGAGCACAGAGCGGGGACCCGGCCGCCCGAGAACCACUCGGCCACCUUCACCUUGCAGGUGCGGCGCCUCAGCCACCUUCUCGUGCAUAUGGAAAGUUCCUCCACUCUCCCCAGCGAGCUGUCUUCUGGGUCCGCCUCUGCAGUCAGCAGCAAGGUGAGGCAGAACCCGGAGCCAGGGCCCCAGCCGGGAGUCCAGGAGGGCAGCCUGAGGGCCAUCACCCAGUGCUGGAGCGGGGUGGUGCAGGCCCAGGUGAAGCAGUUUCUGGCUGCCGCCGGGCAGGCCCCAGACUUCGUCCCUCGAUAUUGUGAACUCUACCGACGUCUGCAGACGGCCGGGGCGGAGCUGUUCGGGGCCUGCCAGGCGGGCUUCGUGCCGGCCCUGCGCCGGGGCUUCUCCGCCGCCCUGCAGCAGCUCCCUUUCCUCACCGCCUCCCACGUGUGUGAACAGUUUGCCCGCUACAUCGACCGGCAAAUCCUAGCAAGCCGGGCCGGCGGGGCCGCGGGGAUGGAGUCGCUGGAGCAGCUGCAGCAGAGCCUGGAGUCCUUCCUGGUCCUGUCCGGCCUGGAGCUGGCCACCUCCUUCGAGCAUUUCUACCGGUACUACCUGGGGGAGCGUCUCCUGGGCCCCGGGCCCUGCUGGCUGGAAGAGGCCGUGCUGGACCAGAUCGGGCUCUGCUUCCCCAACCGCCUCCCGCAGCAGAUGCUGAGCGGCCUGAGGGCCGCCGCCGAGCUGCAGCGCCACUUCCGCCUCUUCCGGCUGCAGCUGUUUGACCGGCGUCUCCUGGAGCGGGGCCAGGAGGAGGGGGACGAGGCCGACGGAGACGAUGACGGGGAGGAGCGGGGGCCGGAGGCCGGGUCCCCGGGGAAGCCCGCGGAAGAAGAGGAAGAGGAAGACCUCCCCCCAGAGGUGUCCGUGCUGGCCCUGCCGUCCCAUUGCUGGCCCGUCUCCCCCUUCUGCUUCCUGCAGGACCCCAGCAAGCGCUUCCCCCCGGCCCUCAGCGGCUGCCUUGGCUGCUUCUCUGAGUUCUACAGCCACAGUCAGAGUCGGCCGGGCCCGGAGUCCGGGCCCCGGCGACGGCUGCAGUGGACGUGGCUGGGCUGGGCCGAGCUGGUGUUCGGGGCCCAGCAGAGGCUGCUGGUGUCCACCCUGCAGAUGUGGAUCCUGCUGCACUUCAAUGAGGCCCAGGAGGUGACGGUGGAGAACCUGCUGCAGAGCUCGGGCCUCGCUCUGGAGCUGCUGACCCAGGCCCUGGGCCCUCUCACCAGCAGCCCCGGCCCCCUAACCCUUCACGAGGCCCAGGGCCUCCCCCCUGGGGGUGUACUGAGGUUGCGGGAGGAGGCAGCAGAGGGUGUGAGGCCUCGGGGCCCCCCUCUGCGGCUGCUGCCCCCCAGGACGUACCUGAACGUGGAGGAGGGCGAGGGCCGAGCCCUGGAGAAGAAGAGGAACCUGCUGAACUGCCUUCUCGUCCGCAUCCUCAAGGCCCGGGGGGAGGACGGGCUGCAUAUCGACUGUCUUGUGUGCAUGGUGCUGGAGGCUUGGAAGAAGGAGAGAGAGGGCAGGCGGGGCCGGGGCUGCGGCAGCGCGGACGUCCUCUCCUGCAUCCUCCACCUCCUGGCCGAGGGCUACGUGAGGCGGCGGGAGGAGCAGCCCCAGAUCCUGGCCUACGCCGCCCCCGAGCCCGCCGGGCCACCUUUCCCACCCACCCCCACCCCAACCGCCCCGGCCCCGGCCCCUCUCCCCGCCUUCCACACCGUGGAGAUCCGAACGGAGGCUCCCGGGCCCCCCCACGCUGCCCCCACCGCUACUCCAACCUUCUCCACCUUCCGAUAGUACGCGGGGAGGGAGGGGACAGGCAGGUGGGGGUUUUCUACUGAAAUAAAACUCGGAGCAUCUAUUGUA